UUGUAGCGCCAUGUUUUGCGCUCUGUACGUAAUAAAGUUCUUACGUCAGGGACAAAACCGAGACUCCAGCUACGACAAAUGUUGUAGAGUUUAAUGCCAGCGUUUUUACUCUCUAUCACAAACGAUAAUAUUCUUUUAACUUCCUUUUGGCUUUACACUGAAUAUGAUAUGCCGUUUGCAUUCACUGUGAUGGGACUUAUGGGUGCCGAUAUAAUUCACAUUUAAUGCGAAUAAUGAUUAGAGUAGAAUUUGUUUAGCUUGGACCUGCAAAUCCGUUUUCCGGCCGAAAUUGUCAAGCUUAUGACUUUAAAAAUCAAAACUUUGAUUGUUUUACUUAUCAUUAUAUUCUUCUUAUCCGCGUACAUUGUAUCGUUCAUCUUCACGUACAAUUCAGACACCCAGAAAAUCAUUAUUUUCGGUAAGGAAUUUCCCUGGCUGGAACAUGCUCCAGAAUCUUGCGUGGUGGAUGAUGAUUUCCAACCGAAAGGAGUUAUCUUCUUACAUCCCGUCAAUACGACCGUGAACUUUCGAAAAGAGAUUCGCGCAGAAUGGUACAGCAUAGCGCUCAAAUGCCACUGCAAAAUUAUUUUAGUCUACACGGCCGAUACAGUCCGUUAUCAGCUGAAAGAGGAAGAUUUAUCCCACGUUAUUACCACACGCAGUAACGCCGAUGCCGAACCGGGAGAAAUCCCGAAAAAUAUCGUAACGGAGUUGCAGUCCUGGAUUUUUCGCACCUGUAAAGAUGUCAGCUAUUUUAUACUGGUUUAUGACGUUGUCCAUGAAACACUGGGCGGCAGUGCCAAAAACUUUACGAUGCAUACCAUGCCGCAUAACGCAAUCGAAGUUGAUUCGUCCUUGCCUUAUCGACAAUGCAUGAACCUGGCUGUGCAAGGGCUGAAGGCAGAGCACCCCAACGGUCCUGCUUACGAAGAUCUGUUCUCUGUGACCGAUAUAGAUAUCCCGGAAAGUGGCAUUGAUUCCACUGGACAGGAACUGCUAAAUAACCUAUCGCUCGCAGAAAGAAGUAUUAUGCUAAAAGAAGCUCAAAAUUAUGAUAUUAAUCCCGACAAGUCCAAGUUCAUCAUUAACCAACCGGAGCUGUGUGCAAAGUACAACAAUGCCCCGCCUUUCCUGUUCAUUGCUGUCCACUCUGCGGUGAAUAAUUCCCAGCAUCGACAAGGCAUAAGAGAAACUUGGGGGCAUCGAGAAGUCCUCCAUAAGUGUAACGCGUCUUUGGUUUUUUUCCUCGGAUCUCCCGAAAAUUCUACUGUGCAGGACGAGAUAUUUGCCGAAAACGAGAAAUAUCACGAUAUUGUGCAAAACAGUCACAUCGACCAUUAUCGAAACCUCACGGUUAAACAAACCUCCAUCUACCGAUAUUUUUCAACCUACUGCGAAAACGUCGGUUAUGAUUUUCUUUUGAAAGCGGACGAUGAUAUAGUUUUGGAUUUGGAAACUGUGAUAACCUUUCUGAAUGAUAUUUUGUCCGAACCAGACAAAUGGGUGCCGGCAAAAAGCUUAUAUUGUUACCAUGUCGAAUCCGUCGAGCAGGUUCCUAGAAGCACAACAUACACGUGGUGCAUUAAGUAUGAAGAAUAUCCCGUAAAGGUCUAUCCGCCGUUUUGUUAUGGAAAUGCAUAUUUCGUCCCCAAGGUACUAGUUAAACCAAUGUACGACAUGUCAUUACGAACUCCGCAUUUUUGGGUGGAUGAUGCAUACUUCACGGGAUUUGUGGCUCGAAACAUAAAGGGUGUCCGUCGUGUGCAACUCCCAUCCCAACGCCCCAUCAUGGCGGUUAACAAGGCACCAGAAGUUCCUUUAAGCAACAAGCGUUGGCUAGUGCAUUACUGGAGUCUUCAAAUAGGACCGUACAAUCCUUGGUGGGUUGAAUACCCAACAACGUACUACAUGGAUAAUCCACACUGGAUGGCAUUUCAAAGUCGACAUAACGAAACAGCCCGACAAUUUUAUAUUAAGGAUGUUCAGAACAGAACCGGGAAAGUUUUAGCCGAUUCUGAUUUUGCUGUGAUAUAAAAGAGAAAUAGUUAUUCAUAUUGCGUACAUGUCAAAGCCAUAAAAUUAGAGCUAGAAACUUGACUGUUGGAAUGUUUUAUAAUCUGUCAUGGUUUAAUUGGAGCAGCACGUAAGAGCAGCACCUGUAUUCGGCGGCUAUUUGCAGAUUACUGAUUGUGAGGUUAGCGUAAUACUGCAUGAAUAAGCUGAAUUACAGUAACUCGAUAUUCGGGGCCUGCUGACAUUGUUAGUAGGCGCGCCUUUUUUAUAUUAAUUCAAAAUUUUGCCUGGUUUUCAUACAACUUCGUACUGCAAAACUUACCGUCAUCUUCUGUCUCACAAUUAAGUAUAGACAUGUCAAUGACCACUGUGUUUACUAAUAAAAUUUCUACCUACUGGCAAUUUGUUAAACUGCCACGAUCGAUGCGCAUUUGUAUCACAGCUAACAGACACAGAUUUUGAUACUGUCCUGGCUUGUGUAAUUAAACUGAGAUGUUGUCUGUCCUUCUUAAUAUUCAUCAUUAUAAAAUGUAACUAAUUUGCCUGUUUUAUCUAUGUGAAGACGAACAAGAUUGUAGAUAAAACGAAAUCAGUUUUCCAAAGGAAGUACAGAUUUGUACAUCUGCUAAAAUGCACCGUCUUUCCAACUGGAUAUUGUCAGCGGUUAUAUCUGUACUAAGCACUGCAACUCUUUGCAAGUCGCAAGGCCCACAGGGAAAUUCGUCAUGGUCUCUGGAUGCACUCCUUGGACAGUACGAUUUCGUUCUGGAGACUCGACAUCUUAUGGAGGAACUGAUUUAUGGCAUUUCCGGUGUUCCGAAGGAUGUGGCCAAUGGGCCGACCAGCAUAAUAUUCAGCAAAACCAGCGACGGAAGCCGGUAUCAACAGCAAACCGUGCGGAUCGAUCCACGCUAUAAUGUGACGAUUCCCUUUGUUUUGGGUGUGACAUCCGCACAGUCUCAGCCUGGACACUGGCUGCAAUCAACUUUUACCAUGGUGGACCAGUUCACCCUGCGUUCUAGAAUUUCUUCCCUUCAAAACAAUACUGCUGUUGAGUAUCUGGCAACCUUCACCUUUAACACCGAUGCCAGUGGAAUCAGUAAUGUAUGUAUUGUGUCGUUACAGCAUCAGGUUUUCUUAUUGAUUUUUUUAGGAUUUGCCUGCGAUGCGAGUAAUUAACAAUUUUCAUAUGGUGGUCGAUGUGCUGUAUCCCCAGCAGUUUCAAGCAUCUGUAUUUCUUACUCGUAACCAGACUGGAUCUCGUUAUACGUGAUUAAUUUUGUGUUUUUACAAUACCAAAAUGCGCACACUUUUGGUGCAAAGACUUCUUUUCACAGUAAACGUUACAGAACAUUUGUCUGAGUUUGUUAUUUUUAAAUUUAUUCUUUCGUAGUUAUGUUCUACUGUUUUUAGGGGCAAGUACGAACCUGUAAUAUGGGUACAUAUUCCAAGGUAAUGUGGAGCGGAUCUGCGUUAUGGAACUGAAAAUUAAUUUCUAUGCCGUACCGCAGUCAAAAAUUUCAAAAAAUGCCUUGUUCAGAAGCUGUUUCUCACUGUUUGGUGCCUCUAAUCGGC